AUGAACACAGUGGCCAUCAACAUUUUCCAUUGGCCAGCUAAGCAUGCUGACAUUCAUAAGAUAAAUCAAGGAAAGUCGAUAGAAUCAGAGCGCAUAGACCUGCAGUUCAUUACCAUUUCCAGGGAUAAUACGCGAUUCAGCUGGGCAAUGAAUGGAGGGUGCCUCGUAUUCAAUAAAUUUGCCAUUAUGCCUUUCCAAAACAGUGGGGACGAUGCUCGUAUGGAUGUGGCAUUGUUCUCCACCUUCGUACUUCUACUAAAGCCCUUCCAGUCUAGAACACUCUGCAGGGUGGAACAAGCCGCCUUGGCGGUGGCAGAUCCGGAGGAAUGGAAUCCCGGAACUGCUGAGAACAGGUUUUGA